AUGGAAGAUGAUUCGCGUUCAAAUAUUUUCGAUCGAAUGCUUAAUACUGUAAACGGAGGUAUUAAAUGGACUACGCAGCAAAUAACAUCAGCGUGUCCUUGGAGAAGAAAAAAGUCUGAAAGCCAAUUAAUUAUUCCCGAAAAAGAAAGCGAUAUUAAACCCGAUUAUCGUUCCGUUCCACAUACCGAUGAUCGUACCGAUCCACAAAUCAAUGAUCGUGGAGAUACACGAACAGAUGUUCGUACCGAUAAAAAAGACCAAGACAAAUCUAAAGAUUCAGAUCAAAAGUUAUGGGAUUACAAAGCACCUAGUGAAAUGUGUCCACCACGGGAACCACCUUGUUGUUUCAUUAAAAUGCAGGAUCCUAGCACACCUUGCUGUUGCGAACCGAAACCUGCUCCUUGUCCACCUUACCACGAAGAACCUCGAGAGCCUACUUGUGGUUGUGAUCUUUGUAAAAAGGGAUAUCCUAAUGAUAAAUGUUGCGAUCACAGAGAACAAUUUCGAAGGGGCACCUUUCUACCAAGACAUUUCGAAAAGGCUUGA